AUAAUAAUUGACUCAUUUAAUCAUAUCAAUCAUCUCAAGUCAUUCUAUUCACAGCUAUCUCAGCUGGUCAAUCUCUAUCUCUUCAUCUCUCUCUUUCCCAGUUUUUUAAUUUCCAUCAGUCUCUACUCGUAGAGACUGAGCAUUGCUGAUACUACACACUCUUUCUGGAGGAUAUAUCGCGCCAUGGGUUGCUGCUCCAGUAACGACUCUGCCACUUCUAACAAGUACAAGGCGAAGAAUUCCUCUGACGGCCCUGGUUUCUCUGGCCCUGGCUCCAUGGGCCCCCCACGACAGUCCUACCCGGCCGGACCUCCUGGAGACUUCUCAAGACAGGGAAGCUUUGGUAGAACGCACAACACUGGGUUAGGUUACAGUGGUAACCAAACUGCCUCUCCACCAAGAGGUCCUGUGUAUAUAGCGCUAUUCGACUACGAUCAAAGAACCAGCGAAGACUUAUCUUUCAGGAAAGGAGAAAGACUAGAAAUACUUAAUGAUCAAGAUGGCGAUUGGUGGCAGGCCAAAUCGUUGGAUACUGGUAAAGAAGGAUACAUCCCUAGCAACUAUGUGGCAGAGUACAAGACAAUCCAAGCAGAAGAUUGGUAUUUUGGCCCCAUUAAGAGAGCAGAGGCUGAGAAGUUACUAAGAGCAACGACAAUGAGAGGAACUUUCCUUGUCCGUGAGUCGGAGAGCAAACCUGGCGACUACUCUCUCUCAAUACAGGACAUUGAAACCGUCAAGCAUUACCGUAUCAGGAAACUUGACGAGGGAGGGUUCUUCAUAACGCGACGUGCAGUCUUCAAUACCCUCAAGGAACUGGUCGAGUACUAUAUGAAGGACUCUGACGGCCUUUGCUGCAUGCUCCGUUCCGCCUGCACUCAGAUUGAGAAACCUCAGAUUGACCUCUCGCACAAGGUAAAGGAUAUGUGGGAGAUCCCAAGAGAGUCUAUUACUCUCCUCCGUCUUCUUGGCACUGGUCAGUUUGGAGAAGUAUACGAGGGUCUUUGGAACAACACCACUCCAGUGGCCGUCAAAACCCUCAAAACUGGUACCAUGCAGCCGCAGGCGUUCCUCGAGGAGGCUCACAUUAUGAAGAAACUCCGUCAUCCAAAACUCAUUCAGUUGUACGCCGUCUGCACUAAAGAGGAUCCGAUUUAUAUAAUAACAGAGCUUAUGCCCAAGGGAGCUUUACUUAGCUUCCUCCAGUCCUCGGAGGGUAGGCGCCUACAGCUUCCGCAACUAAUAGACAUGGCCGCUCAAAUAGCGGCUGGAAUGGCUUAUCUAGAGAUGCACAACUACAUUCAUCGGGACUUGGCCGCCCGUAACAUUCUCGUUGGCGAGAACAACAUUUGCAAAGUUGCGGAUUUUGGUCUCGCCCGACUCAUUGCUGACGACGAGUACAAUGCCCACGAGGGGGCGAAAUUCCCAAUAAAAUGGACGGCCCCCGAGGCCGCCCUGUACAAUCGGUUUAGUAUCAAAUCCGACGUCUGGUCCUUCGGAGUUUUAUUGACUGAGCUGGUCACGUACGGUCGUAUACCCUACCCUGGUAUGUCAAACGCCGAAGUCCUCCAACAGUUAGAGCGAGGGUACCGGAUGCCAUGUCCGCCUAACACGCACGAAUCUUUAUAUCAGAUAAUGUUGGACUGCUGGAAGAGGAACCCAGCUGAUAGACCGACUUUUGAGGCUCUUCAAUGGAGACUGGAGGACUUCUUUGUCAUGGACGGAUCCCAGUAUCAUCAUGCUGCCGAACUUUAGAGACUGGGUGGGCGGAGUCAUGGGUGUGCCUUUUGACGAAACUUUUUGUGAGUGUGUUCAGAUUAACUUUUCUAUUCUUUCCUUUUCCCUAGUUCUUGACUUUCUCUCUCCCUCUCUCUCUCUCUCUCUCUUUUUCUUUCUUUUCAAUUUCUUGCAAUAAAAUGGUCUUCUAUUAUUAUUAUUAAUUAUUAAUUUUAUUAUCAUUAUUAUGUCAAUUCAGUCACAAUCAAUGCUAAAGAAUUAUUAAUAUUAUCAUCAAUUUAUUAUUAUUAUUUAUCAUUAUUAUUAUUAUUAUUGUUAUUAUUAUUAUUAUUAUUGUUGUUGUUAUUAUUAUUAUUGUUGUUGUUGUAGUUAAAUUUUGUGAGUGUGGGAUUGUGUCAGGACUUUGUAGGUGCUACAGUAACUGCCUUGUAAGAGAAAUUAUUGUUUUAAUUAUAUUAUUAUUAACAUUAUUAUCAUUAUUCACU